UUUCACGCAAUUAGACUACCUUGUCCUAUGAUGGGCAUGAGGGCGUUCUCGUAUUGCAGGGUUGGUUGCUAACGACGAUCUCUUUCCAUUACUCGCCCACGGGCCAAUCGUCUAAGAAACCUUCCCUGUCCUGUAUUAUCGUUCUGCAUCAGAGUCCUCUAAUCAGUGAAUGUCUUACCCAGCUUGCCGCCUCGUUCUGUUACAAUUCGCAACUGCAAUCUUCAUCGUGAUGAUGCCUCGUAGUACACUUGCCAUACUGUUGUUUGCUUGUCUCUGCAUAUCAGGUGUUUCUUCUUCUAAACAUGGGCAAGAGGCUGCACGAGUAACCGAGUCGAUUUUCCCACCCCCGCGGUGGAGAAAAUCCAACCUCGCUAAGGAUGAUACCGUCAUCCACCUUAACAUUGGGCUUCGACAUGAUGGCUAUCAUGAGCUUGAAAGACGACUAUAUGAAGUAUCAAGCCCCUCGCACAGCCAGUAUGGCCGACAUUUGACGAGGAAAGAGCUAGAAAAACUGCUAAGACCUCCUCAGGAAACUAUAAAUUUAGUUCGAGAUUGGUUAUAUGGUAGGGGGAUCACUCAAGUGAACUAUUCAUCUGGUGGAGAUUGGAUCACCGCAUCGGCGCCAGUCAGACAAGUUGAGGCACUGCUGGAUUGCCGAUAUCAUGAGUUUUUGAAUAUUGAAAACAACGAAACUAUAAUUCGCACCCUCAAAUGGUCUAUGCCAGAAUAUCUUCGAGAACACGUUGACGUGAUUCAGCCGACUAACUCUUUCUUUCGCGCUAUGCCACAAGACCGUUAUGGAGGAAUACCUCAACCAGAUUGGGAGCGAAACAGAAGGGUUCCGACGUAUGAGGAGCUCGUGGAAGAAGAUCUCGUGGAUCGCGGCCAUCUAGAUACUCCCACGAUCGAAGAAUUGCCCGCUAACCCAACGAUUAAAGAUGCUUGCAAUAGACUUGCUGUCACGCCUCUUUGUCUUCGAGUACUCUACGGGACUUUUGGCUAUCGGGUACAGAACGAUACCAACAAAGUAGGCGUUGUCAAUUUCUUGGGAAAUGGGAAUAACCGUUCAGAUAUUAUGCGUUAUUUGAAGGUGUAUCGCCCUGACGCCCUAGAGGGCGGAGGUACCGAUUAUUUUGAGACCACCCUUGUAGCGGGCGCAACAGAUGAGCAAACGCCAAAUACCCCAGAACAGUUUGACCAACGUAUGGGUCUCGAGAGUGCAUUGGACAUUGAGACUCUCCUUGGUGUCGCCUACCCCGUGCCUAUCAUUGCAUGGAACGUCGGAGGCAAGCCGCCAUUCCGACCUAGCCAGAACAAACCCCAAAAUACCAAUGAGCCGUACAUGGACUGGCUCAACUAUGUACUUGCACAAGAUCACCUGCCGCAGGUCAUAUCUAUAUCAUACGCUGAUGAGGAGCAGACCGUGCCCGAAAGCUAUGCGAAAAGAGUCUGCGCUGCAUUCGCCCAACUCGGGGCCCGAGGUGUCAGCGUCAUCGUUGCAAGCGGUGAUGAAGGUGUUGGUAAGGAUGGCCGAUGCUACAGUAACGACGGAGAAAACAAGGCGAAAUUUAUGCCUACCUUUCCGGCGUCGUGCCCUUUCGUCACUGCAGUCGGAGGCACGAGGAACUUCAACCCCGUCAUUGCUGGAUUUGAUGCGAGGGGCGGGUUUGUAACAGGAGGUGGAUUCAGCGACUACUUUCCUCGUCCGAAAUAUCAAAACGAUGCCGUAAAGCCGUACAUUGAGGGCGUGAAUACCACGUAUGACGGACUUUAUAACCCACAAGGACGCGGCAUACCAGACGUCUCGGCAAUGGCUUACCAUUACUCAAUUGUUUGGAAUGGCACAUCACACUUGGUCGAUGGGACCAGUGCUUCAGCUCCUACAUUUGCGGCCAUAAUUUCCCUGAUUAAUGACAACCUUCUUAACGAAGGGCGGCCGCCGUUGGGGUUCUUGAACCCAUGGCUUUAUACCUCGGCAAGAGAUGGUUUUCGGGAUGUAGUGCAUGGCUCCAAUCGCGGUUGUGGAACACAAGGUUUUGAGGCCGUGCCCGGAUGGGAUGCUGCCACUGGGCUUGGUACACCUUGGUUUCCUAGGUUACGAGAGGUGGCGUUGAAUACAACUUUCCGGUGGCAGCACCCAUGGUAUAUAGUGGAGUAAGAAUGGUUCAUUUGAAUUUGAAGACAAGAUAUAAGCUGGUAUAUUAGAAAUUUUGUCUCGUUAUGCUUGCACCGAGGUUCUUAAUCAUGUCAUGUAACUAUUUGCAAGGUGAUUGCCCAUAAGCUGA